AUGGCCCCACCAGCCAGUCAGACGAAAAUAAUCGGAAAACCAAGCGGAGAACUCGUGCCAAGCACCUCUUAUCAAGCCUUCAACACACCAGAUUCACAGUUAAUGAUCCUCGACCUCUCACAAGAUACGAUCAAUGGCCUAAUGACUGCAUUUGGUGGUAUGAUGCGUCAAGAAAUGCAGAGAUUUGAGCAGAGAUUAGAGAGAAUCGAACAGUUUUUGGGCCCCGCACUAUACCAAAAUCCUACUUCAUCUCCCAAUCCUACUCCGCCUCCCAAUGCGACUCCGCUUCCCAGCAUCGAAAUACCACAGCAGAAACUCUCUCACACGAACGACUCGUCCUACCAUACAAAUCCAGGCCACUUACGAGCAGAGGAGGUGGGAUACUUCGAUCCUGAGUACCAGCAAGAGCAGGAACAAGAGCAUAGGCCAUUGCAACAGGCAAAUGUGGAGAAAACUGCGGAGAAAUUUACGGAGAACACUACGGAGAAAUCAAGCGACAACAAGGCCACCAUCAUCAAGAACACGGCUCAGCUCUCCAAGAUCCCACGUCAUAUACUCUCCACGAUCCCACGUCAGAUCGCCACUCAGCAAGCGGAGAACGACACUACAAUUUGGCCUGCUAUCUCUGCAUGCCUAGGCAAUAUCACAUUAGUGUGGCACAUCACUGCAAUGAGCAAACAAGAGAAGGAUCUACUGCGACGAUCACAGCCAAAUUACUAUGAUCAGCAAGCAAAGGCCACACAUAUCUCGCUGACGUCACACCGGAUGGCUAUGCGGUCUAUGAGGAAGAUGAGGAGGCGAAUCAGGAGCAUCAUGGCCACUAGCAACGGUGCAUUCUGA